AUGAUGGCCGCCAGCAUGAACGGCAUCAACGGCAAAGGAAACUACAAACAGACCUAUCUGAUAACUGGCGCCAGCAGAGGCAUCGGCAAAGGCCUCGUAGCCGCCUACCUCCUCCGCCCCGACAGCAUCGUCAUUGCCUGCGUGCGUGAUGUCGCGACUCAGUCAGCCGCCCUGGAGUCUCUCCCAAAGGCAGACACCUCGUCCCUUGUAGUCGUCAAGCUGGACUGCGCCUCGGAAAGCGACGCCUCGGCCGCCGCCUCGCAGCUCCAGACCAAUCACAGCAUCACCCACCUGGACGUGGUCAUCGCCAACGCCGCCAUUGCGACAAACUACGGCCCCGCCUCGACGAUGCAGCUCGAGCACCUGCAAAAUCACAUGAUGGUCAACACGUACUCAGUGCUGCUCCUGUUCCAGGCCACGCGCCUCCUGCUCCAGGCGGCAAAGGCGGGAAACGCAAAGUUUGUGCUCGUCGGGGCACCGCUGAGCACCAUCACGGGGAUGGAAGAGUACGCGCGCGUCCCGCUGAGUGCGUACUGCGUGUCCAAGCUGGCGGCGAACUGGUUGGUGAGAAAGUUUCACUUUGAGAAUAAGUGGCUGGUGGCUUUUAUUGUGGAUCCCGGGUAAGAUAUUUUUUCAUGAUGGCGUUUAACUUUUCCCAAGGCUGAACUGAUCGGUUUGGGUAGCCAUGUUCAAACCGACAUGGGAGAUCAGGGGGCGCGUCUCAUGGGCCGAAGCAAAGCGCCGACCACGAUCGAGGAGAGCAUAACGGGAAUUUGCGCGCGGAUUGACGAAGCGACCAAGGAGAAGA